CCCUCCCGAUCCCAGAGCCAUGUGGCCCCUGGCCCUAGUGAUCGCCUCCCUGACCUUGGCCUUGUCAGGAGGUGUCUCCCAGGAGUCUUCCAAAGUUCUCAACACCAAUGGGACCAGUGGGUUUCUCCCAGGUGGCUACACCUGCUUCCCCCACUCUCAGCCCUGGCAGGCUGCCCUACUAGUGCGAGGGCGGCUACUCUGUGGGGGAGUCCUGGUCCACCCGAAAUGGGUCCUCACUGCCGCACACUGUCUAAAGGAGGGGCUCAAAGUUUACCUAGGCAAGCAUGCUCUAGGGCGUGUGGAAGCUGUGAAUUACCCCAAAACUCUACAAUGUGCCAACAUCCAACUUCGCUCAGAUGAGGAGUGUCAUCAAGUCUACCCAGGAAAGAUCACUGACAACAUGUUGUGUGCCGGCACAAAAGAGGGUGGCAAAGACUCCUGUGAGGGUGACUCUGGGGGCCCCCUGGUCUGUAACAGAACACUGUAUGGCAUCGUCUCCUGGGGAGACUUCCCAUGUGGGCAACCUGACCGGCCUGGUGUCUACACCCGUGUCUCAAGAUACGUCCUGUGGAUCCGUGAAACAAUCCGAAAAUAUGAAACCCAGCAGCAAAAAUGGUUGGAGGGCCCACAGUAAAAGUUGAGAAAUGUACCGGCUUCCAUCCUGUCACCAUGACUUCCUCACAUUGUCUGCUUAGCCCUUCUCUGCUCCUUAUUCCCAGUGUUCCAUUUGAACCAGUGAUCCAUGUCCUGAAAAAUGCUCAAUCCCAGCUGACAUUCCAUGUUUCAGAAGCAUUCAGGCACUGCCAGGCUUGCAGCCUCCCAGAUGUUGCAUCCCUGAAACGUCUCAACAACCUGAAUGUCCCAACCCAGACAAUGGCCCAGGUCUCUGAACUGCAUCAGCGUGGCUUCUAUGAGCCCAGAUCACCACCUGAAUGUUCUGUCUGUGGCACAUUCUUAAAUAUUUCCAUCAGCCCAUCUCAACAAUAUAUGUCCUAUAAAUGGACCAUCCUUGACAACAUCCUCUAACUCUUCAAGUAUUUAUUCAAUGCCAGUAUCCUAGACCUUCUAUUUUUUGCACUCAAGAAGGUUCUAGACUCCCAUGAUAGUUCAUCCUGAAAACAUUCUCUUAUGCCCACAAUCUUCCGCCCUGACAACAUUCUAUGUACCUCUGUGACUCACCACAGCUAACACUGGAUCCUCAGAAUGGUUCAUUCUCACACUGUUAUGGGUGUCUCAGAUGUCCCAACCCAACCUACAUCCCACAUUCUUCCAAUACCCCACCUCUGCCAACAUUCCCUCUCUGAAUCAAUGGCACCCUAGUCUCUAGAGUUAGGGGGUUCAGUAUACCAAAGGGUCUCCUUGCCUGAACUAUAUUGUCUACCAAAUAUUCGGUCCUGUAUCCCCUCCAUGAACAUCCUUGUUCAGUGUCCCUUGUUAUGUCUUUGUCCAUGACCCUAAAAUGUAGUGCAAAUCCUUGCUUUGGACAAGUUAUAAAACUCACAGUCUCUGUGCUUUCUCAUCUGUAAAAUGGGUUCAUAAUUUUUUUUAAUUGUAGAAUUGUUACAAGAAUAAAUGUCAAGCAUUUAUCACUA